UACAACUUCCGGUUAUGAUAAAUGCGGAAAACUUAAAUAGAAGUUGACGUACGGAUGGAGUUAUAUCCGUGAUACCAAAAGAUGUUUGUAACAGUGUGCUAAAGUGACGAUAACUUCGAUUGCGUGGUAUUUGACCUUUGACCAGUGACGUGAUGACCUCCUCCAGCCAGGUGCUCCAGUUCUCCCUCCUCAGUAAAAACAUUCUGACCCCCGAGGAAGCCGAGCUGUAUGAGCUUGGUCAGCUUGGAGGCAUUACCCUUGACCCUGGCGUGUUCAAGAUUAUCAUGGACCUUCUGAAAAUGAAUGUGGCACCAACUGCCAUUCUGCAUAUGCUGAAAUCCAUGUGUAGUCAGCGUAAAAAGAAACACACAGUCGUGGAUGAAGAAGUCAUGGGUCAAAGAGGUUCAAGGUCUGCAACAAGUUCUGGAAGUCGGCCACGGCAAGGAUCUGGAUCCAGGAGGGUGGAAGCCCGGAGAUAGUGCAGCUGUGUUGAGGAGCAUCCCAGGGACAGUGCAGCUGUGUUGAGUGGGAGCCCUGAGACA